UAUUUCCCUUCCUUCGUUCUCCUUGUCAGAGUGACGCGUCAAUCUCGUCGCCCGACAAGCAUCAACUCCAGCCAUGUCGUUUCGCACUCCACUGUUAGGAACAACACUGUACGAGAUGACCAAACUGGGCAAGAAUUGCGAUUUUCGCCUGGUUUGUGACGAUAAAUCUAUUUUGGUACACCAAGGAAUCGUAUUUUCCCAAGUACCAAUCAUUGCCGCCGAGUGCGAUGAAGGAACAAACGGACAGAAGGGAUCCUAUCGCUGUGAAGGAUUCACAUCGUUCAUUGUUGAUCAUAUGGUGGAGUUUGUUUACACUGGAGACUACACCUCAGAGAGUGUCGAGAACCCUCUGAUCCCACACAUCGACGUCGGCAAGGUUGCAGACCACUUUGACUUGCCAGCGCUCCGAGCCAUCGUGUAUCGAAAAAUUGACGAGACGCUGCGGACCCCUUUGGGGAGCUCUGGUGAUAUACUACGGAAGGCUUACGACUUGACCACGGACAUGGUUAUCCAGGAUAAGAUCGCCUCUUGCUUGGGGAAUGCUUUACAACUCUGUUUUCAAACUGAGAGCCCUUAUCCGGACGAGCCAGUCUUUUCGCGAGUCCUGCGCUUGGCGUGCGACAAGAUAACGCGCUUGGAGAAUCAGGUGCGUGAAUUAGAAAUGGCUACUCGACCUCCUGCUCGCAGGGGCUUCAAUGCGUAUGCACCUCCGGUGCCCAAGUAGCCUAGUUGUAUCCAAGUCUCUUUCUCUCGCACCCGGUAUCCUUCAGCUGGCAGGACUCUCGUCACGACGCUGGUCGUAAAGUCACUGAUAUGUUUCAUCAAUUCUGUGGGGGUAGGACGGUUGCUUGG